UCUACUCCCAAAAGGUCAGCCCCUUCCUCCAGACGCCAGAGCCCUCCCCGGUCACAUACAAAAAGGCUCGCUCCGUCAUGGUCUCAUCCACAGUCAACGUUGUCCGGUACAGUGCUCUCCUGUCAGGCGUUGUUUACGGCUGGUACCACCGCCGAACCCUCCAAAGCGAAGCCGACAAGCAGAAGCUCGAACACGCCGCCCAACACCAGGAAAAACUGAUUGCAGAGGCCAAGGCUGCUUGGAAGAGGAAACAGGAGGCUGCUUCUGACUCGGAUGUUGUCACCGAUCCUGAGGACCCAAGAUUCGACCUAGAGAAGCUGAUCGCAAAAUGGGAAAAGAGCUCAUAAACCACCACGUUCGUUGAACUUGUACCCCACAGCGGACCAAUCCCUUCCCUAUAGACAGCUUUGCGCACCUCCUACUCCUCAUCUUCUUCCCCCACCGCGAAAGCUCUCCGCAAAUCCUCGUCGGAUAUUCCGUCCUAUACCAACUUUACUAUGAAGGCAUCAAUUGGGGAGAGCCAACCUCGAUGGAAUGAAGAAGCAGCGUAGAGCCUUACAUUUUCCUCCUUGUUUGAUUGACACUAUUGUGCAUAAAUACUAAGUUAAUGCGGACUCUAUGAAAGUACCCUACAUCCUUCAUGCAACACAUUCC